CUAAUAUAUUUUUCUUACUUUUUCAAAAAAUAAAAUAAAAAUGAUUCUCUAAUCUUACAAAGAGAUCAUGAUUCUGUAAUUAAGCAAGAGAGCUUGUUGAAGACUGAAGAGGCAACAGCAACCCACUGUUUUCAACUCUUCCCUUUUCAUUGGAAAAUGGGCCUGAUUUCAACUCUUCCCUUUUCAUUCAUUCCUUGUUCUAUUCUUUAAAUUAACUGUCACUACUUCCAUUUUCUUCCAUUUUCUUCCAUUUAACCUUCACACUCGAAAAAAAAAAAAAAACCCUCCAAAAUCCAUCAAAAAUGCUCAUUUCUGAAAAUUCCGACAAUGACAACGACGCCGGAAAUUUCCCAACCCAGACCCAAACCCAAACCCGGAUAAAGGGCCCUCUGCCCAAGUCUAAGCCUUCAUCACCAUCACCAUCACCAUCACCAUACUCUGCUCCUAAGCCAUUUUGGGGGGUUGUGGUCACGCCGGAGCACCCUGUCACGGUCACUUUCCGCAACCACAGACGCCUUCGCUUAUCUAAGGCCAUUUUAGGGAAGCCUUGUCUUGAUAAGUUUACCGAGGCACGAAGUGUACUGUCGAUCAAAUAUGGAGACAACCCUGAAAGUUACUUAUGCUCUUUGCGGAUUGAUAAUUGUGAGAUGACAGAGCUGGAUUUCGAUCUUGAACAUCCUCAUAGUAUCGUUUUUACUGUCGAAGGUCCUAGAGGAAUCCACUUGGUUGGAUGUUUCUAUGGUGAAUCGUCAGCUACUAAUGUCGAUGCUCCUCCACUCAUCAACAAUGGAGGAGUUGGUGGUAGAAUAGAAGAAUCUGUAUCGAGAAUCAUUCUUGAAAAUGAGUUUCAAGGAAAAGUAUUUUCAGGUACGUCUGACGUUGUUGGCGAACCAGUCAGAGAAGAAGGCAAUUCCGAAAUGCUGCAGGAUCUAACUGAAGCUCUCAAGAAACUACCAAUUCUUAGUGUUACGUCAAUUGUUCGUAAAUAUAUGACUGCAACAAACCAAGGAGAUGAAACUAUUGUACAAGAAGAUAAACAACGAGGCACAAAUUCUGCACAAAGAAAACUUGAUUUAGAAGUGCAGGAACCAAAUGGACAAGUUGAUGGGAAUGAGAAGGAAAGUGAGGGCAAAAGAAAACGGAAAAGAAAGAAUAAGUGUCUAGUGGAACUUCCAAAUACUAAUAGAGUUGAUGCCCUUGACGGAGAUAAUGAUGAAGGGGAAGAAAAAACAAAACGGAAAAGAAAGAAUAAGCAUAAAGAGGAACUUCCAAGUGCUGAUAGAGUUGGUGAAGAUAAUGAUGAUGGAUCAUUAAAGCUUGACUCGCCUUUGACUCAUUCUGGAGAAGUUCAGAAGCAGAAAAACCAGAUUUCUGAAUAUCACGAUGAUAUGAUUGAUAUCAGAUCUGAAAACCAUGGAUCUCCCCAAAAUCGUGUGCUUGAUUCCAAGGAAGCUAAAAAACUGAAGAAAGAGAAGAAGAAACAAAAACAGACAUCUGACGAUGAUGAUCAAAACAGAUCUGAAAACCAUGGAUUUCUCCAAAAUCCUGCACUUGAUUCCAAGGAAGCUAAAAAACUGAAGAGGGAGAAGAAGAAACAAAAGAAACAGACAUCUGAUGAUGACGAUCAAAACAGAGCUGCGUCCGGUUUUGAAAGAGUCGAGAAGAGGAAGAAACGAAGAGCAAAAGUUGAUGAAGACGAAUUGGUCAGAUCUGCACUGCACGGCCAACCGGAAGAUCCUGCAUUGAAUGACCAACAGGAAGAUUCUGCACUAGAUGCUAGACAAGCUAAAAAAUCAAAGAAACAGAGUAAAAAGGGUGUUAAAGUCGGUGAAGUCAGGUCCCCCACUCGUACUUCUGCCCGUAUUUCUAGAAAACAGGAUGUUGAUCCAGUAGAGAUUCAAGACAAUGUUGAACCGAUAAAGAUUCAAGACAAUGUUGAACCGAUGAAGAUUCAAGACAAUGUUGAACCAGUACAGAUUCAAGACAAUGUUGAACCAGUAAAGAUGCAAGAAAAUGUGCCCGGAACUAAUCAACUUGUUGUUUGUGGUUUGCCAGCCAUUGCCAAGCGCUAAGUCUUGUCUUGUAUCGAAUCUUACGUAUAUUUUGGUGGUUCGGUUUAGUUUCCAUUUUGAGAAGUCUUUACACGCAAGUUAAAGCAGCGUAUUGCUGUGUAAUGGCGUACACGGUCAUAUUCUCCAAGGCUUCAAGGUUAACCACUUUGACAUGAUGACAUUCGGAAUGUAGUAUUCUUGGAUGCAUAAUUUUGACUCAGACUUUGGCAAGCUUAACACUUGCAUUAUUGUAUCUAAUUUCUGCGUAAUGUAGGUUGUAAGGAAUAUAUGUUGUUUACUAACAUGCUAUAUGAAAGAAUAUUUUCCGUAA